UCCCCCCCCCCCCCCCCCCGGGCAGCGCCGCCCGUGCUCCGCCGACGGGGCAGCGGGACCGGGAAACUUUGGGGGGGAGAAAAAAAAGUUUUUUUUUUCCCUAUCUGUCUGUCUGUCUCUCUCCUACCCGCUGUCAGGUGACUUUGUAGCGUUAGAAGCUAAUGAGCGUGGAUGCUCCGGGGAUCCCAGGGAUGGACCCUGCCGCACUCUCCAGGCGGAACCCGGCGCCGGGAUUAGUAGCCUUGGCAGGGGCUCCGCGCCCCCUCCGCCGCCCCCCGCCGAACAUGACGGGCCUCCCGGGCCUCGCCGCGCAGCCCCGCGCCGCGGCAGCGCACCCGCGGGAGCCCGCCGCUGAGGCCCGCCUGGGGCCGCACCCGCGCCGGCCAGGACACACGGGGCACCAGCCUCCUCCUCAGCCUCCUCCUCAGCAUCACCCCGCGGCCCUUAAGCUCAGCCCAGCCCCUCAUCCCCACCACCAGCUCCACCACCACCACCACCACCACCACCACCAUCAUCAUCAUCAUCAUAUGGCAGGCCAAGCCGAGGUGGUCUCUAGUCAAACGGGAGCGUAUGGCCCGGCGCAGUCAACAGCAGCCCCUUACCCCGUGUCUCACCCAGCCCAGGCUCUGGCAGCAGGUAGGGACUUCUUCAGGCGCAGAGACCUGCCGGCCUCAGUCAUGCCAGGGCUGACCGAGCAGCACCCCGCUGCAAGUUCUCACCACGGACUGUUUGUCUCAACAACAGGUAGCUGCCCCGGACACCAUGCUCACCACCACCACUCAGAAGCUGGGAAUCCCUCUCUGUUCACUGGACUCCAUGAGCAGCCUCCCCAUGCAGCUCCAGGUGGCCAUCUAAACGGACAGAUAAGACUGGGGUUACCUGGAGAAAUGUACGCCAGGUCUGAACAUUUCACUCAAGUACCAGCCUCGAGGACAGACCCCUUCGCUGCUUCUUCGCUUCAUAGCUACGGUGGCAUGAACCUGAACGUGAAUCUGGCUCCACACCACGGUCCGGGGGCCUUCUUUCGUUACAUGAGGCAGCCCAUCAAACAGGAACUCAUCUGUAAGUGGAUUGAGUUGGACCAGACUCCCAAAAAAUUAUGCUCGAAAACUUUCAGCACGAUGCACGAGCUGGUGACUCAUGUCACGGUGGAGCACGUUGGAGGACCCGAGCAGUCCAAUCACAUAUGUUUCUGGGAAGAGUGUCCGAGAGAAGGGAAACCUUUCAAGGCCAAAUACAAACUUGUAAAUCACAUCAGAGUCCACACAGGUGAAAAACCUUUCCCCUGCCCUUUCCCAGGCUGUGGCAAAGUGUUUGCCAGAUCAGAGAAUCUCAAAAUACACAAAAGAACUCAUACAGGGGAGAAGCCGUUCAAAUGCGAGUUCGAGGGCUGCGACAGACGCUUCGCCAACAGCAGCGACAGGAAGAAGCACUCGCACGUCCACACCAGCGACAAGCCGUACAACUGCAAAGUGAGAGGCUGCGACAAGUCCUACACCCACCCCAGCUCCCUGAGAAAACACAUGAAAGUGCACUGCAAAUCCCCUCCUCCCAGCUCCGGCUACGAGUCCUCCACGCCCUCCCUGGUGUCCCCCUCCUCGGACUCCGGCCGGGAACCCCCCGCCUCGUGUUCCCACGCCGAGCCCUCCGCGCCCGCGCAGCCCGCCGCCAACCUGAGCGAAUGAUGUCUACCCCGUUGCUCUCAAGGUAAUCUAGACAGACGCAGCUGAAAGCCUGAAUCUUAUGCCUUAGACAUCAAAGAAAGCUCGCACAAAGAAGUAUUUCUUCACAACGGUGAAUCUUCAUGUUGCUACAGAAUGAUCUGAGCCCAAUCCUGCCAUUCUAAGCCACCCCAUUAAUGUAAUGGGACUUUUCCUGAGUAAAGACUGAGUCAAACUGCAGUGGAGUGGGUAUUGUUAUUAUAUUAUUAUUAUUAUUAUCAUCAUCAUCAUCAAACCUGGAGCUUGUCAUAUUUAUGGGAGAAUCUACCAUAUUUCUUGUGAACUGUACAGAGAAGAAAUGCCUCUGAAAAUGUACCUGUUAAGAACAUUUGCAAUGUUGAAAUACUGUAUUUCUUUCCAGACUUCAUAUAUUCCACUUUUUCCUUCAUCACACGUUUGGUAAUGAAGGAAUGUUCUGUUAUGUGUUUGAAUAUACUAUUUAUUUUUAAUAUUUGGAUUUUUUUACAAUAAAUAUUUAUAAGCCUA